AUGGGCGAUGGGGGCGCGGAGAGGGACCGCGGCCCCAAGCACCGGGAGGAGCAUGGUGGUCGGAGCGGGCGCCACGGAGACCACGGCGGAGCGGAAGAUUUGCGUGCUGACACGAGUAGUGGGAGUCCGAGGGAGGUUGCCGCGACCUCGGUCUCCAGCCCCGCGGGCUCCAGGGAGAGCGGCGGAGAUAGCGAGGGACAGCCCGCGCUCGGUGAGACGGACCACUGCCGCCGCAUCCUGGUACGAGAUGCCAAGGGGACCAUCCGAGAAAUUGUCCUGCCCAAGGGCCUGGACCUUGACCGCCCCAAGCGGACCCGCACCUCCUUCACGGCGGAGCAGCUGUAUCGCCUGGAGAUGGAGUUCCAGCGCUGUCAGUACGUGGUGGGCCGAGAGCGCACGGAGCUGGCCCGCCAGCUGAACCUCUCUGAGACCCAGGUGAAAGUCUGGUUCCAGAAUCGCCGGACCAAGCAGAAGAAGGACCAGAGCAGAGACCUGGAGAAGCGAGCAUCCUCUUCCUCCUCCGAGGCCUUUGCCACCUCCAGCGUUCUGCGGCUGCUGGAACAGGGCCGCCUGCUCUCUGUGCCCAGGGCCCCUAGCCUCCUGGCACUGACCCCUGGCCUCCCAGGCCUUCCUGCCAGCCACAGGGGCACCUCCUUGGGUGAUCCCAGGAACUCCUCUCCAAGCCUCAACCCAAUGCCCUUGGCGUCAGCAUCGUCCCCUCUGCCGGCCAUCUGCUUUUCCGCAGCUCCGCUCCUGGACUCACCAGCCAGCUACAAACUGGGGUCCUCAGCAUUUGAGCCCUAUAUCAGGCUAGAGCAACAGAAAGUAGGCAGUUCUGGCCAAAGUGACAAGAAAGCUGACACUUAAAGAUUCCCAUCCCCGGGUGACACCGAGUCCCCAGCACAGCACUGCCCCAGCCUCCUGGCCCCUGUGAACUGUACUGAGCAGGCCUGGAAGAGGAGAGAUGGGCACAGCAUGCGCCUCUGCA